UGAUAGUUGAAAUGUGUUGUUUACCCUUAUGUCUUUUCCUUUUGGAAACAAUAGGACGGGAAAGGAAGACUUUGAAUCGGAGACUUACAACACCUCUUUGGUCGAAACGUAUAAAUGCGUAUUACCCCCCUUUGUCACAGUGCUUUUCUUUUGUCAAAAGCAAUCUCUCACAUUCCCUCAAUUACUACUAAACUUCUAUUCAAAAUCAUCCAAUUUUUUCCCCUUAUAAAUUCGAAAAAUCGCAGUUAUCAACCAUUGUACUACUAGUUCAAUUUUCCAAAAUACCUUUGUUCUCAGCUGCAGGUUCUUGAGUAAAGAAUCUACUGGCGUUUCAAUCAUUGGUUGGACGCUCCUUUAUAAUUUGAUCGAAUGGAUGUGGAGGGAGCCAGUACUUUGUCAGGAAAUGGUGCACAAUCUGUAGAAUCUCGUUCCCGUCCAGUUCGGCGACAUUUGAAUAAUGCUGUAUAUCAGUUUACACAACAAAAUCUCCCAGCGUGUAAACCUGUACUGACACCGUCAUGGGUCAUUUCAAUGUUUUUCUUGAUUGGCGUCGUUUUUAUUCCAAUUGGACUGCUCUGUCUUUAUGCUUCUGAAAGUGUUGUUGAGAUUGUUGACAGAUAUGAUACAGAUUGUGUGCCAGAUAGUUUCAAGAGCCAAAAAGUUGCUUACAUCAAAGAUAGCUCAGUUUCCAAGAAUUGUACACGUUACUUAAAGGUGCCCCAAAAUAUGAAAGCUCCAAUUUACAUCUAUUAUCAACUCGAUAACUAUUACCAGAACCACAGAAGGUAUGUCAAAAGCAGAAGUGAUAAACAGCUUUUACACGGAUUAACAUACAAUGAUACGAGUUCUUGCAAUCCCGAAGGAGAAAACAAUGGUCUCCCAAUUGUUCCUUGUGGUUUGAUUGCAUGGAGCUUGUUUAACGACACAUAUUCCUUCUUCCGUGGGGCAGAUGCUAUAAAAGUCAACAGGAAAAAUAUUGCUUGGAGGAGUGAUCGUGAACACAAAUUUGGGAAAAAUGUUUAUCCGUUCAAUUUCCAGAGCGGGUCUCUAAUUGGUGGUGCAACAUUGGACCCUAACAUUCCUCUAAGUGAUCAGGAGGAUCUCAUUGUAUGGAUGCGUACUGCUGCUCUUCCUACCUUCCGUAAGUUAUAUGGAAGAAUUGAAGUGGACUUAGAGGAAGAUGACUUAAUUAUGGUGAAUCUUGUUAACAACUACAACACGUAUAGUUUCGGUGGAAGGAAGAAACUUGUUCUUUCAACAACCAGCUGGCUGGGAGGUCGGAAUAACUUCCUUGGGAUGUCCUACGUUGCUGUUGGUUCUUCAUUUAUCUUCCUCGCUUUUGUCUUCUUGUUACUUCAUGUGAAAAAUCCAAGGCCUUAUGGAGAUACAAAUUUAUCUUGGAACUGGAAAGGCAUGUCAAACUAGAAGGUAUCACUUCGGCUGAAUUACAAAUUCCUCUUUGAAAAGUUUGGCUUCAUGAAGUGAACUUUAUUAAUGAGAACAACAGAGUAUCUGCUAAGUUGUUGGAAUCACAAAACCAAAUUUGGUGUAUCAUUUUAGUAACUUGUUCUGGCAUGCUAAUACCUAUAUGUAUCUUUGAAAUUUGCUUGAGUAGUUUCCCGGCGAAAUGAUUUAGCAAAACCCGUAGCUACUAUUGGCUGGGUGUGUACUGUGUAGUAUGAAUUAUUGAAAGUUAGCUAACUAGCUAUUUGGUAUGUAUUUGCAAGAUAAAUCAGAUAAUUUUCUUCUUAUACUAGCAACAUGCAAAUUUCAUUCAGAUGGUCAGUGAAGCAUGGGUUGAUGAAAUUGAAUUA